AACGGGAUCAAAGGGAAAACAUUGGCAUUUCUAAAGGGUUCAAAAUCCGGGAUCCGAUUUAAGGAUUUAAGGAUUUCAGCAAACCCCAACCCCUGUCUGGUCAUUGCUCAUCUCAUGUUACAAUGAACGAAGUGAAGGCCAGUCUGCGGGACCUGGAGCAGCGUUUCAUCCUCUUCAGACAGCAGCAGUUCAUCUUCAUAGCAGCCUUGGACCGCACGCGAGAGAAUGCCCACGACAAGACCCGGCCUGUAUCCACCAUCGCCCAGGUUCAGAAUUACCUGGACCAUUACUGUAACAACACCACAGACAGGCGUAUCCUCAGCAUGUUCCUGGACCUUUGCAGGGACAUGAGCCAGUUCUGUGACAAACUGCAAGAGUUAAACCCUUACUCCUGUUCACCGCACGACGUACUGGAGAAGUGCAAAGUCCUUCUCAGUUGCAACAACGACAUGACCAACCUACGAGCCAAGUAUCCCCAUGAUGAAGUCAACCACCUGAGCUGCGAGGAGUCCAAGAACCACUAUGGAGCCGUGAUCAGCCUCCUGCCCAUCGUGCUGGAUUACAUCAAAGACGGCAUUGGCAUUAUUGAAAGAGCCCAGUACGAAGCUGUGAGAAAUAACAGAUGUGAAAUGCAAAGAACAGCAUUUUCUAAAUGAUGGGUGUGUCUAAUCUCCAUUCCCAGAGUCCCGUCACCGUGUCUUCUACUAUCAGCUCAAGAAAAUUGUUGCCGGUGCUUUACUGUUCUCCUGUUACUUUCCUGGUUUGCCGUUUCCAUUAAAGAUCUGA